GAUUAAGAUACUUAACCAAAGAGAAAAUAACGCUCGUGUGCGCGUGUGUACGUUUAGAUCUCAAACACGCUCUCUUCUCCGCUACGAAAGUUAGAGAGAAAACAAAACUAACGAAAUCGUUGAACCACCGCCACCACCACCACUAACCACCGCGCUUUGAAUGAAAACCUCGACGACGUCGUCACAUAUCUCUCCCCAAUCCUCAAUCAAGGAUUAGGGUGUGGUGAUUGCAGUUUAGUUACAGUGGGUAGCAACAACGGAGUGGAUCGGAAAAUGGACAAGAACAAGAGCCGUACCGAUCUACUCGCAGCUGGUAAAAAGAAGCUCGAACAAUAUCGCCAGAAGAGGGUGAAUAAAGGUGGUAGUAGCCGCGGAAAAUCAUCAAAAAAGUCUACUAAAAAUGAGCUACCUGAGUCUGAUGCCGAUACUGCCAGUGUUACCUCUACCGGAUCAUCUCAAGUUACUGAUGGAAAUGUUGAAACCAACAGUGACCCCAAUGUGGUUAUCACUGAAUCACUAGAGUCACAGUCUUUGGCAAGCUCAGCAACUGCUGACAAUGUUGAUCCAUCUGUUGAUUCUUCUCCAGUGGCCAUGACAUAUGAUACAGGUGAAGUAACUGAUUUGGAUUCUAAUGCUAAAUCGGCACUUCAGGGUCGUGGGGUCCAUGAGAAGGAUUCUGAUUUGUCUGCCAAAGAUCAAGGGGGGAGUUCUCAGAAUCUUGGUGAUAAUGUGGCAAAAGAUGAAUCUUUGACAAGCUCGUCACCUCCUGACGUUGAUCCAUCUUUUGAUUCAUCGUCAGUGGCCAUGACAUAUGAUACAGUCGACAGAACUGAAUUGGAUUCUAAUGCACUUGAGGGUCCCAGAGUCCAUGAGAACGAAUCUGAAUCGUCAUCCCAAGAUCAAGGGGGAUCUAAGAAUGUUGGCUCUGAUGUAGCAAAAGACGUGUCUUCAAAAACUUCAAAUAGUGAAGGAGGAACAGCACACAAUCAUGCCCAUGAACCUGUUGCCCUUUUGUCACCACACGCUUCUAUUACAACUGCAGUGGAUGAGUCUGUCACAGCUGAAAAAGAGAGUGAAAAAAGGGAAGACACAUUGCCUUUAUCGGAGAAUAUUCCCAAUACAUUUGUGGCGCAAACGAGAGAAGAUCAGGUAACAGAUUUAGGGGCAAUGCAGGAAGCUGAUGGUUUGGAUAUGACGAAAUCUUAUCAAAGCACUGAUGCAAUUAUAGAUAAUCAAAAGGAGAUUCGUUUGUUUGAAGCUGGUGAGAGUGAUCAGUCUCUUUCAAGAAUUGCUUUGGAGAAUACUAUAAUCGAGGAGGCAUCUCAUGAAGCAGAACAGCUAGACAGGCCAGUUGAAUUAUUCUCCUCCCUUGAGGACAUUAUGCCAGAUCAGCUUUUGGGUUUUGAUAAAGGCCAGCAAGAUAAUAUCGUAUCUGUGGGGACUUCAAUGGAAAAUUUGGAGAGAGAUGCAUUACCGGGUUCAUCUCGCGAAGAAAUGAUUCUUCAGUCUAAUCAAGAACAGAUAAGCACGGGAGUCCGUAGUGGACAGGACAUGGCGCUUCAGGAGGGGUUUAACCAGCAAUUCACUCUUGUUGGAUCUGCAGUUGACGAUCCCACUCACGAGUUGUCCGUAGUUGCUUCAACCAGAUCGUUUGACGUAUCUCCUAUGUCUAAUGCAAGCUCAGUUAAUCUCUUGCAGCUAGCUGAAUUUAUAAAAGGGAUUAAUGAAGAAGAGUACCAGUUUCUGCUCAAGGAAAGAGGAGCAGUUUCUGAUGCAGAUCCUGUAACCAGUAGUCCAGUUCUACCAGAUCAUGACUUUUCAGAAGCAUUUCAGAGACUGAAAGAAGAAUUGUUUCUUGCUAGUACGAUGCAAAACAUAUUCAAUAUGCAGCUAGCUGAACAACUGGAGCUCCAAUCGGAAUCUGAUUAUCACCGUCACCAUUUGAUUAGUGAACUAUCACAACUCCGUGAUUCGCGCAAUGAAGUUAAUGAGAACAAUCAACGCCUUAGCGAAGAACUUGCUAACUGUCGUGUAGAACUACAGAUUAAUUCACGCAAGAGUGUAGAGCUACAAAACCAAUUUGAUACUGCCAUGGCAGGGGUUGAAGCUCUUUCUGCCAGAGUAGUUGAGCUACAGAUUAGUUUUGACAUGUCUCAGAAAGAUUCAUCGGAUCUCUCCACAGAGUUGGCUGACUGCAGAAGUUUGAUCUCAAGUUUACAGGAUGAAAAGAAGGGCAUGAGCGAAACUCUUAAUUUAGUGAUUGCGGAGAAAAAUAAACUUGCGGAGGAGAAGGAGUUUUACCUCUAUGAAAGUAAGAAUCUGGCAACUGAAUUAUCUGGCUUAAAGAGUUCAAUGGAAGGAGUAGAAGUCGAAAAUUCCAAUUUAAUUGACAGGAUCUCUUUGGUGACCGAAGAGAGCAAUAAGUUCAAAGCAGAAAUUGAGCAUCUCUUGCAUGAGAUUGAUAGGCUAUCGUUAGAUUUGGUUGAGAAUAAAGAUUUGGUGGCAAGUCUACAGGCAGAAAAUUCCAACUUAAAUGGUGACCUUGCAUUGUCAGUUGAUAAGAUUAAAAGUCUGGAAGACGAGAGUCAAUCUGCUGUUCUUGAGAAUCAAAGGCUCUCUUCUCAGAUUGUUUCCCUACAAGAACAAUCAUCUAUAGAAAAGGGAGACCGAACGAGGUUUGAAGAUGACCUUAAAGAAGCCACAAUGCACUUAGAACAACUUUCCAAGGAAAAUGCAUCUCUCAAUAGCACUUUGGAUGAGCACAAGGCUAAAAUAGAAGAAAUUGAAAAGAAACACAGUGAACAACUAUCUCAACUUGAGAACUUUGGUAAUCAAGCACAUGUUGGAUGGGACCAAAGUAAGGGCCUUGGAAUUGCAGUUACUGAAGAUUCUCAUCAGAUGGAUCAUCAGAGGCUAGAUGAAGGUGCAGCAGGGGGACCAUUUGAAAAUAUAUCCGAACAAGAAAUUUUCAAUGAUUCUCUUGAGUUUGUUUCGUUAAAGACUGGUUUGAAUGAGGUGGAAAAUGUCUUGGUGAAGCUUGAAAAGGCAAUUGAUCAGUUGCGUUCUCAAUCAGUAAUCUCUGGUGGGACUGGUGAGAAAGUUUCUUUACCCGCUGUGUCAAAAUUGAUACAGGCUUUUGAAUCAAAAGUAAAGGAAGAUGAGCGUCAGGUAGAGAUAAGUGAGUCACAAUCAAACUCAUUUAUUAUGUCAACCGAAGAGCAAGUAAGAAACUUGAGAAAAUUGCUUUCAAAGUGGAAGCUGGAUGUUCAUAGUGCAGCUGCAUUGUUCAAGGGGGAACGAGAUGGCAGGAAAAUUGGGGAUGCAAAGUACAGUGAUCUCGAGGACCAGUUUGAAGGAUUGAAGCAGCAUUGUUCAGAUUUGGAAGCAUCUAACAUCGAACUUGCAGUUCAAUAUGAAUCAGUUAAGCAACUUCUGGGUGACAUUCAGGAAAAGAAAUGUCAUCUUGAGGAAAUCUGUGAAGCUCUAAAGCAAAAAGAUAUCCAUCACAAAGCCAAAAAUAAUGAACUCUAUGAAAAUCUUGGAUAUUGUCAUUCAAAAAUUAUUGAAUUGCAUGCUGAACUGAAUGAUGUGAAACAAAGAUCGAAAGAGAUGGCUUCUGUUGUUGGCAGUCAACUAGAAAACUUGCAGAAGGAAGCGACAGAGAGGGCAAUGCUACUCGAGCAAGGCUGGAACACUGCAAUUUCUGAUAUUGUUGAGUUAGUUGCAAAGCUGAAUGAAUCAGUUGGGGAAACUUCGUCUACAUCGGCCUCUUCUGACACCCGGGUUGGCUUUGAUAUCAGUCAUUUGUUAGAAGCUUCUGUUAGUGCUGCCAGUGAAAUGAUUUUUGAUCUGCAGAAGAAACUUGAAGCUACUAAUGCGGAUCAUGAAAUAAUCUCCACGUCAUAUAAAGAAAUGACGUCAAAAUGCGAUCAUCUGCUAGGGAGGAAUGAAAUGGCUAUCAAUGUAUUGCAGAAGAUGUACAGCGACCUGAGGAAACUUAUAUAUAGUAGUGGUUGGUCUUUGGAUGAUGAUAAGAAGAUAGAUGAGCAAAGUGAGGCACUGCCUGAUCUACUGAAUUAUAAUAGUUAUGAUACCAUCAUGAAGCAUUUGGGGGAUGUAUUGAUUGAAAAGCUGGAACUGGAGUCUGUUACCAAGAAUAUGAAGUCAGAAUUGGUGCACAGGGAAACAGAAUUGGAAGAAUUGAAGAUGAAGUGUCUUGGUUUUGAUUCUGUUGGGAAGCUAAUCAACGAUGUUGAAGGUGUGCUGAAUGUGGGAACUCUGAAUAUCGAAAUAAACACUUCACCCCUGUUGUACUUAGGUUCAUUAGUCUCUAGUCUUGUACAGAAAACCAAAGAGGCUGAAAUCCAGAAUCACACCACUAAAGAAGAAUAUGGAUCAAAGGAGUUGGAAUUGGAUGAACUGAAGGAAAAGAUGCAAUAUCUAGACAUGCUGCGUCUUGAGAAUGAAAAUGAAAUCUUCGUUCUAAGGGAAAGCUUACAUCAAGCCGAGGAAGCUCUUUCUGCUGCACGUUCUGAAUUGCGUGAGAAAGCAAAUGAACUCGACCAUUCAGAACAACGAGUGUCCUCCAUCCGGGAGAAGCUUGGCAUAGCUGUUGCCAAGGGAAAAGGGUUGAUUGUACAGCGAGAUGGCCUCAAGCAGUCCCUAGCUGAGACAUCUGGUGAACUGGAGAGAUGCUUGCAAGAGUUGAAGUUGAAAGAUACAAGACUUCAUGAGCUUGAAACAAAACUUAAGACCUAUUCAGAGGCUGGUGAACGUGUGGAAGCUCUGGAAUCUGAACUUUCAUAUAUUCGUAAUUCGGCUAAUGCCUUGAGAGAAUCAUUUCUCCUCAAAGAUUCAAUGCUUCAGAGGAUAGAAGAGGUUUUGGAAGAUCUGGAUCUGCCUGAGCAGUUUCAUUCGAGUGAUAUAAUUGAAAAGAUUGAUUGGUUGGUUAGGUCAGUUGUUGGAAACUCAUUGCCCGUGAAUGAUUGGGAGCAGAAGGAUUCUGCAGUAGAACGUUCAUACUCUGAUUCUGGUAAUGCUGUCACAGAUUCCUGGAAAGAUGAUAAUCAGCUACAACCAGAUUCAGGGGAUGAUGCAGGAGGACGUUCACACUCUGAUGCUGGUUUUGUUGUCACAGAUUCCUUGAAUGAUGAUAGUCAGCAACAGCCAGAUUCAGGGAGUGAUUUUCAAAAGAACUUUGAGGAGUUGCAGAGUAAAUAUUAUGGGUUGGCUGAGCAAAACGAAAUGCUGGAGCAGUCAUUGAUGGAAAGAAACAGCAUAGUUCAGAGAUGGGAAGAGCUUGUAAACAAGAUUGAUAUGCCUUCACAUUUGCGGUCUGUGGAGAUGGAUGAUAGGAUUGAAUGGGUAGGAAGAGCACUUGCCGAGGCUAAUCAUCAUGUAGAUUCUCUCCAGAUGAAGAUUGAAAGAUAUGAAAGUUAUUGUGGAUUGCUAAAUGCUGAUCUGGAAGAGUCUCAAAGGACAGUGUCCGCUCUUCAAGAAGACCUUAGAGCUCAGACAUCUGAGAGAGAGCACCUUUCUGAAGAAUUAGAGGCUCUGAGACACGAAUGUGAGAAACUAUCAGUGCAGAGAAGGGAAGCUGAACUUGAGAAUGAAAAUCUGCACAAUGAAAUAAUUAGUUUGAAGGACCAAUUGGAGCAGAAAGCUGAAAUUGAAGAGCAAAUUUUCACCAUCGAUGACAAGAUAAAAAAAUUACGAGACUUAGUUGGGGAUGCUUUGUCAGGAUCUGAAACAGAAUAUCAGAUUUCUGAUGGUGCAAAUAUUGAUUCUUUUGAAGAAUUGCUGAGAAAGCUUAUAGAAAAUCAUGCUAGUCUUUCAUCGAUAAAAGCCACGAGUGGUGUUGUACUUGAAGGACAUCAUUCGCAAGAAGAUGAUGCUACUCUUCGUAAGGAAAGAAGUAUUGAUAUACAUGCUAAGGAGCAAGCGGAAGCGGAUAUUGAUAGAUACAAGAAAGAUCUGGAGGCGGCUUUGAGCGAAUUAGAGCAUUUGAAGGAGGAGGGAGAGAGAACUUUGGAAAAGCAAAUAUCUCUAUCCGGUGAAGUUGGAGCUCUGAGUAAAAGAACUGAGGAGUUGCAAGAGCUUCUUAAUCAAGAGGAGCAGAAGUCAGCUUCUGCUAGAGAGAAAUUAAAUGUUGCAGUCAGGAAAGGGAAGUCACUGGUGCAACAAAGAGACAGUCUAAAACAAACCAUCGGUGAGAUGAGUGCUGAGAUGGAGCACUUGAAAUCUGAGAUCAUCAACCGGGAACACACUAUUGCCGAGCAUGAACAGAAGUUGAGGCAGUUGUCAACCUACCCAGAUAGGUUACAAGCUCUUGAAUCUGAGAGUUCUCUUCUGAAGCAUCGUUUGGAAGAAACUGAACUCCAUUUGCAGGAGAAAGAAUAUUCCUUGAAACUGGUUUUGAACAAGUUAGGUGAGAUUGAUGUUGGUGGUCAAGGUCAUAUAAGUGAUCCAGUGAAGAAGGUGGAAUGUGUCGGAAAGCUGUUCUCUGAACUGCAUAAUUCUGUUGCUUCUUUAGAACAAGAAUCCAGGAAAUCUAAAAGAGCAUCAGAGCUCCUGUUGGCAGAAUUGAAUGAGGUUCAAGAAAGGAAUGAUAGUUUUCAGGAGGAGCUUGCUAAGGCGGUCGAUGAACUUGUGGAUCUCAAAAGAGAAAGGGAUUCAGCGGAGGGCGCCAAACUGGAAGCUCUUUCACAUCUUGAAAAGUUAUCUACAUUGCACAAGGAAGAAAAAAUGAGCCAUUUUUAUGAGCUGGUGGAAUUAAAAUCUAGCAUGAACCAAGUCUGGAGACACUUCGGUGAGGUUCAGAAUUUACUGGCUAAGGCUUUUUUCACAGAUUUGGAAUCUUUUCGGAAUCUGGAAGCUGGUCUUCAGUCGUGUAUGAAAGGAAACAAUGCUCCAAAUGUGGUGGAUUCAUCUUUCAGCAAAGAACAUGAUGAUAUUUUACGCAAGUCAUCUGAUAAUAAGAAGAGCUCUGUGUAUGAAGAUUCUUGGUCAGAAUUUGGCACAAUAGACCACUACAAUGAUAACACCAUUGUUGAAGGUUUUCAUCUAUUUGGGAAUAAGCUGCAAGAGUUUUUGGUGGAGGUCAGCUCUCUUAAGGAAAGAAUACAGGUGCACUCAAGUUUGGCACGGGAGCAAGACAAUACUCUGUCGAAACUAAUGACAAACAUUCAGAUGGAAAUUACUUCCCAAAGAGAAUCGUGUGAGAACAUGAAGAAAGAAGUUAGUAAACGAGAUCUGCAACUUGUUGCAUUGCGUGAGAACAUUGCCCACCUUUAUGAAUCAUGCAUGAAUUCUGUCACUGCACUUGAGAACGGAAAAGCUGAACUGGUUGGAGAAAAGGUUGAACUUUCAGAUUUAGGGAUUAACUUGGAAUCACCGUCAUUUGAUGAUGAAAAAUCUGAGGAAUGUAUUAAAAUCAUGGCAGAUAGAUUGCUGUUGGCUGCAAAUGGGUUUGCUAGCAUAAAAACUGAAUUUUUAGAUGCUAAUCAAAAGGAAAUGAAGGCUACUGUAACAAAUUUACAGAGGGAGCUUCAGGAGAAGGAUGUUCAAAGAGACAGAAUUUGUGCAGACCUGGUAAAGCAGAUUAAGGACGCUGAAGCUGCUGCAAACAGCUACUCUCAAGAUCUUGAAUCUCUUAAGAUGAGGGAACAUAAUUUAAAAAAACAGGUAGAUGUUAUUGAGGACGAGAAGAAGAUACUUGAGCAGAGAAUCAAGGAGCUGCAGGAUAGGCAAGGGGCUGCAGCUGAAUUAGAGGAUAAAGUGAGAUCGCAGACUAGUUUGCUGGCUGCCAAAGACCAAGAAAUUGAAGCGCUAAUGCAUGCACUUGAUGAGGAAGAGAUGCAAAUGGAAGAACUGACCAAGAAAUAUGCAGCACUUGAAAAGGCUGUUCAACAAAAGAAUCAAGAGAUUGAGAGCCUUGAAUCUUCUCGUGGUAAGGUUAUGAAAAAGCUUUCCGUAACUGUAAGCAAGUUUGAUGAGCUUCACCAACUAUCUGCAAGUCUCCUUUCUGAGGUUGAAAAGCUUCAGUCCCAAUUGCAAGAAAAAGAUGCUGAAAUUUCUUUCUUAAGGCAAGAGGUUACUAGAUGCACCAAUGAUGAUCUUCGUGCAUCACAACUGAGCAACCAGAGAAGUCUGGAUGAGAUUGUUGAGUUCUUUACAUGGGUUGACACAAUUGUAUCUCGAGAUGGGGUGGAUGAUAUACCUUCUGAUGUGAAGAGUGAUACUCAGGUUCAUGAGUACAAAGAACUACUUCACAAGAAGUUGAUGUCUUUAAUAUCAGAAUUAGAGAAUCUAAGGGGAGUUGCAGAAAGCAAGGAUGAAAUGUUGCAAGCAGAAAGGAGUAAGGUAGCAGAGUUGAACCACAAAGCAGAAACUCUUGAGAAGUCCUUGCAUGAGAAAGAAUCACAAUUGAAUUUGCUUGAUGGUGUGGAAGAAACUGGAAAGGGAAUUGACACAAGCUCAGAAAUUGUGGAGGUAGAACCAGUGAUAAAUGAGUGGACAACAACAGGGACUUUUGUUACACCACAAGUUCGCAGUUUGCGCAAGGGCAAUAGCGAUUAUGUUGCCAUUGCUGUUGAUGAAGACCCUGGUAGUACCAGUAGGAUAGAAGAUGAAGACGACGACAAGGUUCAUGGUUUCAAAUCACUCACAUCGUCCAAAAUUGUCCCAAGAUUUACCAGACCAGUGACUGACUUGAUUGAUGGCUUGUGGGUUUCCUGUGAUCGAACGUUAAUGAGACAACCGGUCUUGCGGCUUGGAAUUAUAAUUUAUUGGACCAUAAUGCACGCGCUCCUUGCCUUCUUUGUUGUUUGAGGGUUCUGGUUUAUCUGGUGCUCUGAGUUGGCUUUGUAUAAUUAGUCAGUCUAAAGUCCAAAACCAGGAGGUUCCAUAUAUAUUGGGGAUAUUCCUCUGAUAGUUUGAAAAAGGAUUCAGUUUAGCUGUACAGUAUCUUCCUUCAACUUGCUUCUUCCUGUUACGGUGCAAUGAUAUUUACUUAUAAACCAUAAAAAAAUAAAGACGCAGCUGCAACUGCUAGAAAGAGUGCCAGACUGCAAUGAAGAGAAGAUGAGAAAGCAGAUUGCUCAAUAUUUGAAGAGCAAUGGAUGAAGAGCCUGCUACAUAAAAACACUGGGUGGCGUUUUUUACAAAGAACGUCAUGCAUUUUACCUUGAACAAGAUCAAUUCGAUACUGACUGUUUUUCUUAAAAGGGAUACUGGGAUAGCAAAAGUUUUGGGUCAUGUAAACUGGAAAAUGACCAGUUAGGUAUAGGGAAAACAUAAUUCUUUUGUAAGUUUUUUCCCUGCUUAGCCAUAAGAAAUUUCAACUGCCAUUCUUUUUUCAUAUUACUAUUAUAUCAAUCAUAGCAUUAUUAUGAAUUUUUAAGGCAUUAAAAUUGAAAUAUAUUCCCAUGUAAUCCCCAUAAUAUAUUUUGAUUUUGACCUUCAGAGUAAAUAAAUCAGCAUUUGAUUUCUCCUCA